UUCAAAGUCCACAGCUACACCUGACACCAUCACAGAGAGCGCUCAGAGAAUCUCUUGGAACUGAACUGCUGGAGUUUGAUCACUGGAGCCACAAGCGAUGGUGAUGCCACCUCAGCCCCGAGUUUGCCAGCUGUCCAAGAAGGAAGGCGGGAGCUAUGGAUUCUUCUUGAGGAUCGAGAAGGAUGUGAAGGGUCACCUGAUCCGUGCCGUGGUGAAGGAAGGUCCUGCAGACCGCGUGGGUCUGCAGGAUGGCGACCGAGUGCUCAGGGUCAAUGGGGUUUUUGUCGACACCGAGGACCAUCAACGGGUAGUGGAACUGAUCAAGAAGUCGGGGACGUCAGUCAGCCUCACAGUACUGGAUGGUGACUCGUACGUUAACUCCAAGAAACAAGGCAUUGACCUGCUGCAACUGAGCUGUGUGGACUCAGGUCCAAACAAGCCGGUGGUAAACGGAGUCAGUGGGAAAACGCACCGGCCAAGGCUCUGCUACCUGCUGAAACAGGAGCACGGCUUUGGAUUUUCAUUGAAAACCAUCACAGGAGUUCCUGGUCUGUUCAUGACAGAUAUUUCUCCCCAUGGUGCUGCUUUCAUUGCUGGAGUUCAGCCCAACGACCGGAUCCUUCAACUGAAUGGAGAAAACGUCGAGAACUUCACUCACGAGCAGAUGGUGACCCAGAUGAAAUCGUCAGGGAUCAACAUGGUGCUGCUGCUGAUUGAUGAAGCCUCAGACAAAUACUUCAAGAGCAGAGCGCUUCCAGUUGUGGCAUCGAUGGCCAGUGUGAACGGGCUCCCGUACAAGCCACGGAUAGUGGAGUUAACCAAGGAGGCUCAAGGCUACGGAUUCUUCCUGAGGAUGGAACAGGGGCAUCAGGGUAUUGGUCACUACAUCAGGGCGAUUGAUCCAAACAGCCCAGCUGAAAAGGCGGGUCUGGUUGACGGGGAUUUACUGGUCGCUGUGAACGGGACAGGUGUAGAACAUCUCGAGCAUGAGUCGGUGGUUGAUAUGAUAAAGAAAUGUGGGAACAAGACCACGUUCCUUGUCGUCGAUAAUGCAACAAACCAGCUUUACAAACAGGCUGGCAUUUCUCCACUCUGCUACUGGAAUGAAGUUCAUGAAUCGCCCUGUGCAGAGGAAGUCGAGGCUUCGGGAGAGAGUCAGAGAUCGGGGGACGGCCUGUCAGCCGGUGCCAAACUCUGCCACAUCACCAAAGGCCCAGAAGGAUUUGGCUUCACCAUCAGUGCAGUCUGGGGUGCACAGGGGCCAUUUAUUAGACAGGUUGUUAAAGGAAGCCCAGCAAGUGAGGCUGGCCUGGAAGUGAAUGAUGUUCUGAUACAAGUGAACGGUGUCAACGUGGAGGUGGACACACACCACGAGUUAGUGGAGAGAAUCAACAGCUGCAGGGAUCAGCUGAGCUUGCUGGUGGUCAGGAAGGAAGAGAACGAGCACGUCAAAGCCUCAGAGAUGCCUAUGUCUCCACUGGUAAUCCCUGAGGCGAUGCCUGAGCCCAUCAGUCCCCCCAGCGACAUUCAAGAGGACAGCAGAGUUGAGGAAGCGGCAGAGAAAAAGCCAGAGGCUGACGAACCCACGCAGAAGAUGGGAGAGCAGGACGAGUCCUCCUCCUCCUCCUCAGCUGAAGGUGAUUCAGAUGAUGUUACACAAAUGUAAAAGGAUCAUGAAAGGAACGUACAGACAAGGCACAUGAUCACCUCUUUAAUAACUGUGACUUUAUUGCUAAUCAUGAGUUCAUUUCUCUUCAGAAAAUUUCCUACAUUUUGAAAGUAAUAAUGCUCAAUGAACAAAUCUAUAAAAUUUAAAUAUGGAACCUCACAUUGCGAGGAGACCAUUGUGUGUGCAAAAAGCGAUCUGAUUAGUUCUGUUCUCUCAGCACUGAAAUUCUGCCCCACCUCACACAUUUAUACAAUUCCAUUUUCAGCAUCACUGCAGAACCUGCUUCCACCAGGCCAAGUGGGUAAGUUAUCAAAUACUUGGUGAGUUAACAAGUCAAACUGCACACAGUUGUCCUGGGUGAACUAUUGGCCUUUUCAACAACUCUGUGUAUAACGUUGCAAAACUUUCCAAAGAGCCAGACAGGAAUGGUCAUCGAACAAAUUAUGGCACAGAACCACACAGAGGUAUUAAGAAAGGUAACCUAAAGCUUAACCAAAUCAAAAUCAAAAUCAAAAUUUUAUUUUGAAAAUCAAAAUAAAAACUGCAGAUGCUGGAAAUCUUUGAUUAGAAAAUGCUGGAAAAUCUCAGCAGGUCAGGCAGCAUCUGGGGAAGGAGCGAGAGAGGCAGUCAGCAUUUCAGAUCCACAACCCCUUGUCAGUAUGUUUUAAGGUGAAUCCUAAAAGAGACAGAGGUUUGUGAGGGAAUUCUGGAGCUUGGGUCACAGAAGUCAACUGCCCUGCCAACUAUCAUUGGCCAAAUCCCUGGAACACAUCCAAUGACUUUUGGAGGUUUCCAGGAACUCAUUCCUCAUGACGUAUUACAGGGAUGCAAACAGUUUCCAAUGUCAAACCAAAACAAUUCCUAAUGUAACACAACUAGAGUGAUCACCAGGUUUGAGUCGAAUCCCUGUAUCAUUUAAAUAAAAUAUCAGUACAUCUCCCCACAGGAUCAAAUUCGAGGUGAAACCAGUGGAGCCAUUAAUUAGCCUCCCAUUGUACAGCUUGGCAGAUUCUCCUUUUCUCUCAUUGAUGAGACAGGAACUGAGAUCCACCUGCUCUCUCAGCUGAAUGAGAGAGAUCCCUUAGCUGUUGUGUUCUCUGACACUGUUGUGGUGACUACACUUCAUUUCAUUGGUUGUAAGGCACUUUGGGAGGUCCUGUAGGAAUGAAAAGGACUGUGUAGAGACAGAUUUACACUUAAAAUUUAUGAAUAUGCCUCCUUAAUUGCUCUAAUAUUCUAUGGAUAACUUUGGCUGGGCUAUAGCAUGAAUCAUUCUACAUUGAGGGGCAUUGCCAAACUUACUGAAAUUGCUUAUAACCAUUAUUUCAUCCAAUUUCUCAAUGUCCACACCUGUGAGUGGCCUCCAUCAACCUCCUCAUCUCAUGACACAGGAACAGAAGGCCAUUCACCCCUCAAGGCUUCCUGCCACAUCAUUGCCUGAUGGUUGAUCUGUAUCUCACUGACUGGUUCCACGCCCCUUACUGCUCCUCCCUGUCACCCGCACAGUCCAAGCUUUUGGUUUUGAGAGAGUGAGUUCCUGGCUUGCACUACCCUUUGUGGACAGAACUACUUCCCGAUUUUACUUUGAACUGUUAAGCCUGCAGUGACCAAGUUGUACACAGAUAUCUAUGGGGCAUGCUGCCAGCUCACUGCCUAUGGGUUGGACAAACACCUUUACAGCAGGGAGAUGAGAUAAUCCACUUAAUACUAAUCAAGAUUAUUGCCAUAUUGUGUAGCCUUUUCAAAUUCUUUUCAUAUCCUUCUACUGCAAUAUUUUCAACAGGAUUAACAUCUGCCUCCUCUGAAAUGGUGACUUGCAUUAGAGGGACUGCAGAUUAAAAGUACUCCACAAAUUUAACGGAGUGAAAUACAAGGUUCAGCCAAUGCGUAGGAUCAGGAAGAGUUUCCUGACUGCUCCAAAUGUAAGGCUCUCCUUGCUUCUCUGCUGGAAGUGGUUUCUCUUUAUUUACCUGGGUCAUUCCCUUUAAGUUUGAACCAAGCUCUCACUUUGGAACAGGGGAGGCUGGAUGGAGACUGGGUUGCGGUGUAUGAGGUGCUGAGAUAGGAAGGGCCCAUUUCUUUCAGCCAAAUCGUCAGAAACCUGGGGUUAUAAAUCGGUAGAAUGAUUUCGAGAGGAGAUGAAGGAGCAUUUUUCAUGCAGAGGGUGACAGGGGUUUGGAACUCACUGCCUGACAGGGGGGGGGAGGCAGAAACCUGAAUCAGAUGUAAACAGCCUAUGGACGUGGACUUGGUGAACUGCAGACCCAGUGCUGGAAGGUGCGAUUCAGCUGGGGAGCUCUCCCAACCAGCACAGCCAUGAUGGGCCAAAUGGCCUCCUCCAGUUUAGUGAAUUCCUAAUGAUCUUCCAAAUACCUGAAGUAGAUUGCAACUUCAUUUUCCAAAAGGGAAUACAAGGUGAGUCUGUGGAAACUCGCACAACUUAACCCCUUCAACACCAGUAUCUGCCCUUUCUAAGGGGUAGAGUGCACAGAGUGGUCUUCUGAGGCGUGGGGGGGGGUAACAGAUUCACCAGGGAUAAAGGUUUUUAAACACAGAGAGUGGUGGGUGCCUGGAACUGCUGCCAAGGGUGGUGGUGGCAUUCAAGUGGCUUUUAGACAGGCACAUGAAUGUGCAGGGAAUGGGGGGAUAUGGGUCACAUACAGGCAGAAGGGGUUAGCAUCAUGUUUAGCACAGACAUAGUGGGCCAAAGGGCCUGUUCCCAUGCUUUACUGUUAAACUGUGGACAGGAUGUGUGGGCCAGGCUUAUGCUCCGGGUGGGGUCUUUGAUUAUGCUGGCUGCUUUACCGAGGCAGUGAGAAGUGUAGACAGAGUCCAUGGAGGGGAGGCUGGUUUCUGUGAUGUGCUGGGCUGUGUCCACAACUCUCUGCAGUUUCUUGCGGUCCUGGGCAGAGCAGUUGCCGUACUAAGCCGUGAUGUAUCCAGAUAGAAUGCUUUCUAUGCUGCAAUGUUGAAUGAAUUAUUGCUCACAAUGGGGCAAACAGAGCAGCAAAAUAAUGUUCAAACUAAAGUCUGGUCAGGAUCCCAUUUGCCCCCACAAAGGGUAGUGGAAAUCUGGAACCCUGCCCUCAAAUGGUGUGGUGCUGGUGAAAGCAGGUGCCAUUGGAAGUUUGAGACCAAGUAAGAUUUUUGUUAGGGAUGGAUAGCAAUUUCAAGGUUGUUACCCUUGUUCAAGACCCUUGUUCAGGUCUCUCCCUCAGAGAUCUUAGCCUCAACUAGAUCACACAAUGAACUUAUUAUAAAAUAUGGCACAAAAGGUCAGGAAAGGGGGUAAGGUAGAUUGAAUUGAAUGGUACAAUAGCUUAAGAGCUGGAAUGGUCCCUCCUGUUCCUAUCAGCCCAGGAAACACCUUUGCAUAUGCAACAAUUGUUUUAGAUUCAUGAAUGAAAUGCUGUGAGGUCCAAGCUAUAUAAUUAUAUGUAGUAUUUAUGACUUUUUUCUUGUAAAUAUAAACGUCAAACUUUCAUUGAAUAGAACUUGUAUCUUUAUUUGAAAUAAAUUAUGAAAUAAAAGGGACAAUUUAAUUAAUACGGAGCAGAAUAUUAUUCUCUUCACGUACCUAAAUCUGUAACUUACCCCUGUGUAAACAAAGCAACAUCUAUAUUCGAGUGUGGAUUUGGGAAAAACCAGGGACAAAUACAGAAGUUAAUGCAACCGAGAAUUUGAAAGGGGAACUGUUGGAACUGUGUGCCUGGUUUGUUAGUACUUUCAUAAAAGAUAUUAAUGUUUCCAGAAAUGUCAUUUUCAAAAGUGAAAGAUAAGCAAAUAUUUUAAUAGAAGCUGGAGGAUCGAACAAAAACAGGGAGAAUAGAGCUAUGGGGAGGUAAUGGGUGAAAGAUUAGGUUGUAUAUGAUAGGGCAGGAGCUAGGGUUAUGCUCAUGGGGGGGGGGUGGUUUUAAAAGACAAAGCUCUUUAGGUAAAGAAAUAGGUUUAGAAACAGUUUCUGGCAGGGAUCAGGUUGUGGGGAGAGUUUGAGUCAAGUUGAUUUUUCAAAGCUUACAGCAACUUUUGGUGAACCAUAAUCCACAUCUAGUAGAUGCACAUAUAUGUGACUGCAUGAAUUAAGAUGCAAUUUAAAAACUCUGGUGGAAGGUGGGUGUCACUGACAAGGCCAGCAUUUGUUGACCAUCCCUAAUUACCUGUUAGAAAGUAAUUAUGACAGCAACAUUUAAGAAGCAUUUAGACAGGCAUGUGAACAGGCAGGGAGCGGAGGGAUAUAGACCAUGUCUAGACAGAUGUGCAGUUUAAACUGGCAUCAUAGUCAGCCAUCCUGAGCCAAACAGCCUGUUCCAGAGUGAUACUGUUCUAUGUCCUUAAGGUGGUGUUGAACUACUGGCUCAAACUGCAUUCUGUCAGUCAAGUGGCACUCUGAGACUGACGGUGAUUUAUUUCCGAUAACCUUGCUGGAAACUGGUUGUAGUCCAUGUGCCCACUGCCCUUGUCCACUGGAAGUUUGCUUUUGAUAGCUGCUAUCAGAGUAACCUAAGCAAGUAACCGCAGUAUGUUCUGUGAAUUCCACACAUGUAGACACUGUGCACCGGUGCUGAAGGGAAUGAAUGUUUAGGGAGGUGGAUGAACUGCUUCAUCCUAGAUGGUUUUGAGCUUUUUGAGAGUUGUUAGAGCUGCACUCAGCCAGGCAAGUGGACAGCAUUCUGUCACACUCCUGACCUGUGCCUUGGAGAUGAUGGAAAGGCUUUGGGGUGUCAGGAGGCGAGUUCCUCGCCACAGGAUACUCUGCCCCUGUCCUGUUCCUGGAGCCAUGGUAUUUUACAGAGAAUGGAAAUGAUUGCUCAUCAGGGAAUCCAGUGUGAGAAAAAGAUAAUAUUUGAAUCUCAUCCUUUUCAGCUGGGUGUGGGAGCUCAUCCAACAGUGGACGAUCGGUGUUCAGUUCAUAAGUUAACACAGAAUGCAAGAUUUGUAGAUGCAUGGGUGUUGAGGAUGGAGAAGCAAACACUGCUGGAGAUUGAACAAGACCUGAAGCAGGCAGACAGAAGCUAGUCCAGCCCAGUGUCCAGGCAUUAGGAGCAGGUACUGAAAGCGCAAGAAGCAGGACGUCACCUGAUCAUCCAGACCAUUAAAGCUUUCCUACUGCAAUUUGUUGUACAUCUGCUGAAGCUCCAAGUUUAACUGUUCACCAGUUCUAAAUACGAUUUUUGCACAAAAUGUGCUUAAUUUAUCAGACUUUUUCAGUUUUAUGGGAAAAUACACAAGCACCUCACAACAGAAACACUUGUCAGAGGAAUAAAGAACACAAGAGACUGCAGAUGCUGGAAUCUGGAGCAAUGCACAAUCCGCUGGGUGCAGAGCUUUGACCUGGAAUGUCAACAAUUCCUUUCCCCCCAGACGCUGCUCGACCCACUGAGUUCCUCCAGCAGAUUGUUUGUUGCGAGAGGAAUAAAGAACUUGG